AUGUUUUUCCCACGAUCUUGGCAUUCAGCGUCUAGACUAAUUAAUGGGAAAGUAUUGGUUGCUGGUGGAGAAGGUGUAAAUGGCACUUUGGUGACUGCAGAAUUGUACGAUUCAUCAACAGGUACUUGGACAAAGACUGGAAAUAUGAGUGUUGCACGAAACGCUCACACAGCAUCGACACUUACGAAUGGAACAAUUCUGGUUGCCGGAGGAUAUGAUGGUAAUUUUGCAUUAGCUAGUGCAGAACUCUAUUAUGUAUCAACAGGAAUUUGGACAAUGACUAGAAACAUGAGUGUUGUACGAUACGCUCACACAGCAUUGACACUUACGAAUGGAAAAAUUUUGGUUGCCGGAGGAUAUGAUGGUAAUUUUGCAUUAGCUAGUGCAGAAGUGUAUGAUCCAUCAACAGGAAUUUGGACAAUGACUGGGGGCAUGAGUGAUGCAAGAUAUGGACAUAUAGCAACGAUACUUACCAAUGGACAAGUUUUAGUUGCUGGCGGAUAUGGUAAUAUUGAUUAUUUGAAUACUGCGGAGUUGUACAACCCGUCCACUGGAAUUUGGACGAAUACUGGCGAUAUGAGUAAUUCCCUAUACCUACAAACAGCAUCUGUACUAGGUAAUGGUAAAAUUUUAUCGGCUGGCGGUUAUGGUGACAGUGGAUUUUUGAAUGGUGCAGAACUAUACGAUCCUGCAACAGGAAUAUGGACAGCAACUGGCAACAUGAGUGUUGGACGGUACAUUCACACAGCAUCGGUACUUACCAAUGGAAACGUUUUAGUUGCAGGUGGAGAUAGUUUUGCUGGCUUUUUAAAUUCUGUGGAACUGUACAACCCGUCUUUAGGAGUUUGGACAAGAGGUGGUAACCUGAAUGUUUCAAGAUUUGCACACACAGCGUCCAUACUAAACGAUGGAAGGGUUUUAGUUGCUGGUGGGGAGGGUAAUGAUGGCUGUUUGAAACGAGCCGAAAUAUAUGCAUAA